AAACAAAUGCUUAUUUAAAAAAAGAAAGAAAAUUGAGUUGUUAAAGUUAAACAAUAAAUUACUUGAAAGAAUAAUUUAGAUAGCGUGCAUCCUUGAGAUCAAACUUGUCGGUUCAACCACUAGAGUCAAUUCUAAAACGGUUUUUCAACCGUAGUGCUUAUGAUUGUACAUUCGCGGUAUUGGGGCUUCGAAUGAAGUCAUACGUUAACUUAAACUGAAAACCGAUGUAUUUUAUAAAUUGCUCUACCCGAUUUGGAAUGUUGAAAAGCUGCAUUUUUCCCCGAUUUCACUGAACUCCAGGGAUUUCAGGACGUACGACAAGCGUAAAACUUUCUUUUUCUCUUUCAAAAUCCGGGAGGGAAAUGGAUUUCGAGGAUUUAUGUUUAGACGUUAUAAAAAGCGUCCAAGAGAGGCAGACAACAAUAAAGGAACAGAAAUUGGCACGGGAGAAACUCAACAAAGAGGAAGAAAAGUUCGCCCAAGAAAAAUGGGAACAAUGCCUGUCAGAUUUAACUGAUCAGAGAAGAGAAAAAGAAGAAGAAUUGCAGAAAGUUGUGGUGAUGAAAAAAAACGAUGAAGACCUUCAGAAGCAAAUUCAAUCACUUCAAGAAGAAAUUAAAAUAAUCCAGUCAGACAAUGAAGCAAAAUUGUCUAAUCUUUUACACUUUAACAAUAGAAAGAACAGAGCACUUGGCUCUCUCAGUCUGAAAGAUCAGAUGUAUAUGGAAAGUUUAAUGAAAAGGCUUAAGGCAUUUAAAAAGCUCACAUGUGUUUACUGGGACUACACAUUUUGCGAUCAUAAAACCCUUUGUGGGUAUAUUUAUAAUAAAAAGUGCAAUAAGGCCAAGGCUUUUAAAGUAAAUUUGCUUAACAAGGAGAAGAAAGAGAUCGCACAUGAACUAUGGUCAUUUAUUUAUGUUUGUAUAUAUAAUGUAAAUAAUGUUUAAAUUUAAAUAAAAAAA